UUGCUUAUUUCUGCAAUUCCGUUGUCUGAUUUGCUAACAUGGCGGAGAAGAAGGGGAAACAUCCUUUCCGCAGUCUCUUUCCUCCUCCUCCCUCUAAAAAAGAAAGGCAAGACGACGACGACGACGAUGAUGAUGAGAGAAGAAACAGAUAACGAUGAAGAGUGGACCGAUUCUAGUUUCAGUGGAGAUUGGAGUGAUUUGAGUGGGGACGAUGGACGUGAAACUGAUGAGGAAAAUGAGGGAGACGACGACGACGACGACGACGACGACGACGAAGACUACGACGAAGACGAUGAAGACGAGGACGACGAGGAGUCUCUCUUCAACAGAGUCAUAUUCCUUCUGAAAGAAGGGGGUGAUUUAAAAGCCUUAAAUGUCAGAAAGUGCAAAGCAUAUUUGAGGAAGCAUGGCCUCAGAAUAGCUGGUACAAAGGCUAUCUGUAUGCAGAGAAUCCUCGAACAUUGGAGGAUAAAAGAUGGAAAUGGUGAAAAAUUGUAUCCUAGAUCGUCUUUUAUAAUCAAUUGUACAGGUGAUGUCUGUCGAGGAGAUGUUGUUCUCUUCACGCAAAGGGUUUUUGAAAAGUUUGAUAAGGUGAGGAGACAUGGGAGGCUUCUGGGAAAAAGAACUGUUGCUGGGAGGGUUAUUAAGGAAAGCUAUGGUGCAGCUAAACAACAACACACAUUCACAGUUGAAGUUCUCUGGAGCAAGGGUAUUAAGAAAUUGCACCCCCUUUUCCCCCUGCUUGUGAAGGGCCGGAACCUUUAUAAAUUGAAAACUUUCAGACAGCGUUGGAAUAAUGAGGGAGAAAGACACAAGAUACUUGCUGAGAAGCACAGUCGAGGUACAGCAGCUAGACUGGUUAGAGCAAUGAAGAAAAGAAGGAAGGCACGGUCUGGUAGUGAAAAUGGAGAUGAAUAACCUUGUCGGAGGAGGGUUAAGGUAGCAGUUUGUGCAAAGCUUGGUUUUCUGGUUCAUAUAUUCAAUGAUUUGUUGAGAUGUGUUAUACAACCAUAAGUAAUUUUAGUUCCAUUUGCUUUUUAUAUGGAUGAGAAUCACC